AUGUUAUCUUUUAUUCAGCAAGUGGCUGUCCCGAAGCUGCGUGAUGCCGCAGAGGGGGCUGACCUGCUGGUGUGCGUGGUCCCUCACCAGUUCAUUCGAAGUCUUGACGACAUGAAGGGAUGUGUGUCCCCCAACGCUCGGGGAAUCACUCUUAUAAAGGGUGUAGAUGGGAGCCCUGGGGGCCUGAAACUUGUCUCUGAUAUCAUCUGAGAGAAAAUGGGGAUUGACGUCAGCGUCCUCAUGGGAGCAAACAUCGUGAAUGAAGUGGCUGCUGAGAAAUUCUGCGAAACCACUAUCGGCAGUAGGAUUCUGGAGAAUGGGCUGCUUUUCAAAGAGCUGCUGCAGACUCCAAACUUCAGGAUCAGAGUGGUGGAUGAUGCUGAGUUCCCUCUCUUCACAGCAGUCUACCAGAUUUGUUUCGAGGGGCGACCCGUUCAACAGAUGAUUUCCUGCCUGCAGAGCCACCCAGAUGUGUGA